AUGCCGGCAUACCAUUCAAAAUUCACAGAUGUUGAAAUAGUAGUUGGGAAUAUGGCUAUUCUUCCUUUACGUACAAAUUUUAAAGGACCAGCUCCACGAACUGAUAAUGGUGAUGACAUAAUUGAUGAAGCUCUCGCUUAUUUCAAACCUAAUAUUUUCUUUCGUGAAUAUGAAAUUAAAGGCGCUGCUGAUCGUACACUAAUUUAUCUCACAUUAUACAUUUCCGAAUGCUUAAAAAAACUGCAGAAAAGUCCAAAUAAGGUUCAAGCGAUGAAAGACUUAUCAGUAUUAGCAUUGAACCAUCAUCUUCCUAUACCUGGAGAAGCAUCAUUUCCACUUAACAGCAUGUACAGGGCACCUGCUAAUCGAAACGAAGAAGACGUCAUGCGUUCUUACCUCUUACAGUUGAGACAGGAACUAGGAAUACGACUUCUAGGGCAUAUUUUUGAAGAAAAUAAAGAGCGACCGAGUAAGUGGUGGAUGUGCUUUGCAAGAAGACGUUUCAUGGAUAAGUCCUUAGUCAGUCCCGGCAUUGUUUUGUAA